GCUGGAGAUUGCAUCCCCGAGGUGCUGACAACGGCGGGCUGGGCUCCGUGCUCGGGGACCCCGGGACCUCCCCGGCUUUGAUUCCAGUGUCCCCACCCGCUCGGCAUCCCCCUCCCCGGCGCUGCGGCUGGCGCGCGCCCCGCCUGACGCUGCAGCUGGGCCGGCGACUCGCCAUUGGAUUAAAAAUAGCAGCUCCCGCCCGCUAGCCCGCCCGCCGGGGCAAGGGCCGUAUCUCCCCAGCUGGAGCCGAGCCUCAGCCGGAGCGGAUCUCCAGCCCGCACGGCAGCAGCUCCCCGGUCCCGCUCUUCCGCUGCGCUGCGCUCCUUCCCAGGCCCGCUGCGCUCCGCGGCCAUGCAGCGCCGGGGCGCCCUGUUCAGCGUGCAGAGCGGCGGCAGGAAGAUGGCUGCAGGGGACCUGGGCGAGCUGCUGGUACCUCACAUGCCCACGAUCCGCGUGCCCAGGUCGGGGGACCGUGUCUACAAGAACGAGUGCGCCUUCUCCUACGACUCCCCGAACUCUGAAGGUGGACUCUAUGUAUGCAUGAAUACGUUUUUGGCCUUUGGAAGGGAACACGUUGAAAGACAUUUUCGAAAAACUGGACAGAGCGUAUACAUGCACCUGAAAAGGCACAUGCGAGAGAAGGUAAGAGCAGCGUCUGCUGGAGCACUACCCAAAAGGAGGAAUUCCAAGUUAUUUUUAGAUCUGGAUACGGAUGAUGAUUUAAAUAGUGACGAUUAUGAAUAUGAAGAUGAAGCCAAACUUGUUAUAUUUCCAGACCACUAUGAAAUAGCCCUUCCAAACAUCGAGGAGUUGCCAGCCCUGGUAACUAUCGCUUGUGAUGCAGUGCUCAGCUCAAAGUCGCCGUACAGGAAGCAGGACCCCGACACGUGGGAAAAUGAACUGCCGGUAUCGAAGUACGCCAACAACCUCGCCCAGCUGGACAACGGGGUCAGGGUUCCUCCCAGCGGCUGGAAGUGUGCCCGAUGCGACCUGCGGGAAAAUCUCUGGCUGAAUUUGACUGAUGGCUCUGUUCUGUGUGGGAAGUGGUUUUUCGACAGCGCAGGGGGCAAUGGCCACGCACUGGAACAUUUCAGAGACAUGGGCUAUCCUUUGGCCGUGAAGCUGGGCACCAUCACACCUGAUGGGGCAGAUGUUUAUUCUUUUCAAGAAGAGGGACCUGUUUUGGAUCCUCAUUUGGCCAAACACUUAGCACACUUCGGGAUUGACAUGCUUCAUACGAAUGGGACAGAGAAUGGACUCCGGGACAAUGACAUCAAGCCAAGAGUCAGCGAGUGGGAAGUGAUCCAAGAGUCAGGGACUAAGCUGAAGCCCAUGUAUGGACCAGGGUACACGGGCCUGAAGAACCUGGGCAACAGUUGCUACCUCAGUUCUGUCAUGCAGGCCAUCUUCAGCAUCCCAGAGUUCCAGAGAGCGUAUGUGGGAAACCUCCCAAGGAUAUUCGACUACUCGCCGUUAGAUCCAACACAGGACUUCAACACACAGAUGACUAAAUUGGGGCACGGCCUCCUCUCUGGCCAGUACUCAAAGCCUCCAGUGAAGUCUGAGCUCAUUGAACAAGUGAUGAAGGAGGAACACAAGCCUCAACAGAACGGGAUCUCCCCACGCAUGUUCAAGGCCUUUGUCAGCAAGAGCCAUCCAGAAUUUUCCUCUAACAGACAGCAAGAUGCCCAGGAGUUUUUCUUGCACCUGGUCAAUCUGGUAGAGAGGAAUCGCAUUGGCUCAGAAAACCCAAGUGAUGUUUUCCGGUUUUUGGUGGAAGAGCGCAUUCAGUGCUGUCAGACCCGCAAGGUCCGCUAUACGGAGAGGGUGGACUACCUGAUGCAGUUACCUGUAGCCAUGGAGGCAGCAACCAACAAAGAUGAGCUGAUUGCCUAUGAAUUGAUGAGAAGAGAAGCCGAAGCAAACCGAAGACCCCUUCCCGAGCUGGUGCGAGCCAAGAUCCCCUUCAGUGCCUGCCUCCAGGCCUUUGCCGAACCAGACAACGUGGAGGAUUUCUGGAGCAGUGCCCUGCAGGCCAAGUCUGCAGGGGUGAAAACAUCUCGCUUUGCCUCAUUCCCUGAAUACUUGGUAGUGCAGAUAAAGAAGUUCACUUUUGGUCUUGACUGGGUUCCCAGAAAAUUUGAUGUUUCUAUUGAUAUGCCAGACCUACUAGAUAUCAGCCACCUCAGAGCCAGGGGCUUACAGCCAGGAGAAGAGGAACUUCCAGACAUCAGUCCCCCUAUAGUCAUUCCUGAUGACUCAAAAGAUCGCCUGAUGAACCAGUUGAUAGACCCCUCAGACAUUGACGAAUCCUCCGUGAUGCAGCUGGCCGAGAUGGGCUUCCCUCUGGAAGCCUGCCGCAAGGCUGUGUACUUCACUGGAAACACGGGAGCCGAGGUGGCCUUCAACUGGAUUAUCGUGCACAUGGAGGAACCUGAUUUUGCUGAACCACUGACCAUCCCUGGGUAUGGAGGGGCUGGAGCCUCUGUAUUUGGUGCUACUGGACUGGACAACCAACCUCCUGAGGAAAUUGUAGCUAUCAUCACAUCCAUGGGAUUUCAGCGCAAUCAGGCCGUGCAGGCCCUACGAGCCACGAAUCAUAACCUGGAAAGGGCGCUGGACUGGAUCUUCAGCCACCCCGAGUUUGAAGAGGACAGUGACUUUGUGAUUGAGAUGGAGAACAACGCCAAUGCCAACAUCAUGUCUGAGGCCAAGCCUGAAGGGCCCAGAGUCAAGGAUGGAUCUGGAAUGUAUGAGUUAUUUGCCUUCAUCAGUCACAUGGGAACAUCUACAAUGUGUGGCCAUUAUGUUUGCCAUAUCAAAAAGGAGGGACGGUGGGUGAUCUACAACGACCACAAAGUUUGUGCCUCAGAACGGCCCCCCAAAGACCUGGGAUAUAUGUACUUUUACCGUAGGAUACCAAGCUAAACCUCACAAGAGCUGGCGACAAGAAGCCAUACACCUUUUUAAUUCGCCAAAAAAGAAAAAAAAAAAGGAAAAAAGAAAAGGAAAGGAAAAAAGUCGGGACAGCCAGACGCAGGGGACUUCAUGGCUACUUAUUGCGUCUUUCAAGAGCGUGGUCACUCUACUCGACACCCUCUGGAGAAGAACUGGGAAGAAGUUUCUGUUGAUGGCAAUACUCUGUUGUAGCGACUUUUGUCACUGUUCAGGGAGUGGGUGAUGGAAGCAAAGACACUGGCCACCAGCACAUCAGAUACGGAGUGUCCUUCCCUCUUUUCUACUUUGGGGGUCAGUGGUGGGGCCUCACCUUCCGUGAAAAAAAAAUGCCCCCAAACAGGAAAUCAAAA